AUGACUCAGGAAAAGUGGGUUCACUUUCAAGGGGAAGCAGGAGAUGUUGCUGCCCACAUAACAGAAGAGCACCAUCAAGAGCAAGAAGCUAACCGCGCAGCCGCUGCACUGAUUAAUGAAUAUAGACAACAUGACGGCCCCAUAACAGCAGAGCAAAAGAAGGCUCUAAUUGCCAAGGGAUACAAAGAGAAGCUCAGAUAUCGUGAGAAAAGUCUCCUUCUAAAAGAGCCAAAGCCAGUUUCCCUAGGAAAUGCACUCAAGGGGCAAAUCCAUCUCUCGAGAAGGGAAGUGUUCAGACGGAAACUCUUUCCCAUUCGGUUUGAAGAGUCUGCCAGAAACGUAGAAGAGGUACAGAAGCUCUUGAUGCAGAGGCAACCUGUUGGCCAACUUGUUAUAUCCAUUGCAUACCUGGCAAUGCUGUUGCUGUUUCUCUCGUAUGCCGUGGAAAUAACCAAUUUAUAUGAAGCAGCAGAUGGCAUCGUGGCCCCAAUAAAGUCGGCGAGAGCACCAACACCUUCGGAUUUUAACACAGUUAGCUUUGAAGUGGCAAAAGCUGAGCAAGAGUCACCGCGUUCGAUAUCAUCAGCCGUUGAUCUCGAGUUGGUUCAGCCUUUGGAUUUCUCCUUGCUAGCAAACAAAGGCGACGUUGCUUCCUGGCUCCUCUACGGCUUUGUUCCCCUUCUUUUUGGACCGUCACCCCAGAGCAGCGACCUAGGUUCAGCUAAGGUCCUAGGAAAGUGCUUCAGACUCACAUUUCGGCAGAUUGAGCUACAAGCGGUCGACGGAUUUGAUUUGGGUUUUGAGGGGGUUUGGCCCUUGACUACGGCUAAGGCGAGUUCAUCGAUUGCAGCAUCAAAGCUGCGUUCUAGCAAUGUUCUCACCAACCAAAGUGGCUCCAGGUUUAAAUACACGUAUCCUUUUGUCGCGUCCGGCGAAGACAAAGCUUUUAAUAAGAAAGGAGGGUACUAUCAGGUCAUAUGUGAAGAUUCCGUCCAAAAGGCUCAAGCUUCUCUGCAACAGGCCCAGCAGCAUUCGCGAUAUCCACCGUGGUUUGUUCCCAUGCCGGUGAUAGCCGAUCGCCGAACAAUCUCAACAGUGGUUGACUUCUUCGCAGUAAACCCGGUUACCCAGACAUUUUCUCAUUGUUCAGUCCUCUUCGCCUUCACCAGCUCAGGCACACUGCAAAGACCUCGUAUUUGGGUUUCAUCGUUGGCCGCAUUCUCGUCGCAGUCUGACGGACUCGUGCGCUACAUCGCACUUGGGCUUACGCUGACAUUGCUGUUGCUUUAUUUGAUAUGCGAGUACACCGAGGUUGAAAAGCUGGGAUUCAAGGUGUGGGCGAAGGGGAUCUGGUCCAUUUUUCUGUUAUUCCAUCUUUUGGUACUGGUUGGUUUCCUCGCCUCAUUUACUACUGUACAAGUUAUUGCAACACUCGCCCCCGAAAUUGGACAAUCGCUAGGGGAUGACGGGUAUUACGAUAUCUCUGAUGAGCCAACUGCAGCUAACGAAGCGGAAUUUUUCCAGCUGCUCAGCAGCUACGCGUAUUUAUUCGAUGCUAAUGACGGCGCGCAGUAUGCAUUGACCGUUUUCGGGUCCCUUUCCGCGCUAACAGGCCUGACAACAUCGACAUCCUUUCUGCUGGGUGGCACACUUGGAAAUAGCGACGUGUACACAGUAGUCUCUGCCAAGCCUAUUCUUGCUGGAAUUUUCUUCGUAUCACUGUUCCUAAUAUUCUCAGUAUUUGGAUUUACCAUUUUAAUUGCAGUGAUGCUGAGGAAGUACGAUCUAUGCGCACAGUCCAUUGAACAAAACGUAAUGAAAUACAAGCUCGACGAACAGGAACUCUUUCGAACACGGUACGAAUGGCUGCGGCAUACUGUUCCAAAUAUAUGGAGACGAUUUUGGAAAGCAGCUUGCUGGUGCCGAAAGGAGGAAAACCUGGCGCUGCUUUCUGAAAUUGACGAGUUUGAAGAUGAUUGUAGAGAGACCAAGGAACUCAAAGAACUCGAAAAAAGGAAGAAGGGAAUUUACAAGAAGAAAAGAGGAAAGAACUUCUACAGAAACGACAAGAGGAAAGAUUCUCACUCAUCUGCAGAGGAAUACUACGACACUCCUCCCCAGUACCCCCCAUGGGUUUGGCAGACGAUUGGUAUAGAUGACCCGACCAACAUAUACGCAUCACGAAAUGGAGCGCAGGCACAAGAUUUCUACGUUGAUCCAACCAGCAUGCCGGCAUAUUCGAAGGUAUAUGGUCACUUUAGCGGGUUUGAUUUGACCGGAGCAGCCGGCCCAACGGAUUGCUACUUCACGCCCAAUAUUGCAGGGGCUACGGUCCCAAAAGCCCCAGCUCCUUCUGUAGCUAAGGUGUAUCUCAUGGUGAGGAAUCAAGUGCAGGAAGACCAUCAAGAUGCUUGGAAAAAGCUCUUUAUUGUAGCCUUCGUUGCUAUUAUCGUGGCUACUGUAAAUAUGCAGCUCUCCGUGUACACGGCGUCGGAUAUGCGCGACAUGGUUGCCCAGACUUUAUCUACGACGGCUUUCCCCUUGGAUCCUGUUAAGUUUACCCUCGCAGAUUCGUCCCUAGGAAGCACAUAUCAGCAGCUCGUGCUUACUAAUUGGAAUGGCACAAUCAGUACACGAUCUGUUCGUGUAACAUUAACCCUCCGUGAGGAGACGUCCUUCCCUACCAAGCUGGGGUUUACCUGUGAAUCUCUUCAAUGCGAGUAUCAACCGCUAUUCGACCAGAGCACAUUUAGAGAGUUCCUAAAGGUUUUUGUGCAAGAGAAUAUCAUUAGGGAUGUAGUCUCAGAGGUGGCAUUCCAAAUAGUCCUGCUGAACCACAGUACUCGCAACACGCUCGUGGAUGUGCACAUUAAAUUUCCAAGAAAUGCAGGUGGUACUUUCUCACCAAAUCUUUCUAUUGAGGCUUUCAACCUACAACCCUACUCCACCUGGGACUCGACGGCAGUGACGGCUGUUGCUCUUCAAGUGGCUACUGCUGCGCUUUUUUUGUUUUUCGGCUGUUCCUUUUUCGUGGAGCUCAAGCGCCUGUGGAGCACUCUGAAGGAGCAGCGCCAAGACUUUAGCUGUGGCUUGUGCUUGGGUGUUUUCUUCGUUGAUGACCUCUUCAAUGUGUUCGACCUCAUCGGCUUCGGCGUCCUGGCCUGCUGUAUCUUGUUGUGGGUGCUGCAUGUGCUUGCGUCGCCACAUUCGCAAACUUUUGAUCUAAUGGCGGACCUAGAAACAGCAUCGGCAGCCGCGGCUGCGGGAGGUGCACAGGAGGCAGAAGCAGCUGCGGCUGCUGCUGUUCUUUUUGAUGAGAUCAGCGCUACCUCUCAGUUGCUUCGCACAUACGCCCAGCUGGCAGCUGUUAUCCUGGCUCUCGCAUUUCUGCGCCUGUUAAGGAUCGGCCGGAAACUCAAACGCAUGACGCUCAUGUUCUUUACUCUUGCUUCUGCAGCGGGAGAGGUGGUCCACAUAUUAAUGGGAACCACACUCGUAUUCCUUGGCUUUUCGUAUGCGUGUUUCUUGUCUUUCGGCCGUCAUGUAGAAAGACACUCAACCAUCAAAAAUUCGUGUAUUUCCACAUUCUUGCUGUCCAUGGGCUACUUCCCACUGUCCGAGCUUUUCGAGGCUGAUGCUGGUAUGGCUGGUGCUUUUAUUUUCCCGUAUCUUUUUUUCAUGGGCAUAAUUUGCUUCAGCCUUUUCCUGUGCGUUUUGCUCCGCUCACUGGCAUAUCGUUCGGCUGAGAUUAAAGCAAUGGAGAGACUUGGCAAGGUUGAGGAGCGUUCAGUAUUGAGAUCUCUGCAGCUAUUCUUACAGGAACUGUGUUGCAUCUUUCAACCGCCAGCGGACAUGCAAGCGAAUCAACAAGAUUUUGAGCUCCCGCUACAGGAGGAAGAGACGGCAUUUGGAAAGCGGACAGCGAGCGAUCAGGAGGCUGAUCUCAUUUUGCUUGAGAAGAUUGGGCAGGCAGAAAGAAGACGGCGAGAGAGGCCGAUAAAGGUUGUGGAGCUGCCUCCAGACGUAGUCACCAGUGCGUUGUCUGACGAACAGUACGCUAACCUGCCAGAAGAAGCCCGUUUAUUCGCUCAGACAGAAGUGGCUUCCUUUGUGGACCGGUUUCGGCUGAUGGCAACGCAGCUCAGGCUUGGUAACGGAGACAUAGUCACCCUGUUGCAAAAACUUGAGAAUGAGGCAUACACGGAAUUAUCGACGCUUGCUCGAGAGGUGGCGCAGCAAGAAGGCCAUCUGCAGCAUGAAUUGUCAGUUUACACGUCGCGGAUUGUUGAAGGACAGAAACGACUUACAGCAUACAUCAAGUUCCUCGAACAGGCGUUGCAAGACAGAGAAGACGAGCUCCAGCUCCAACAACAGGAGUUGAAGCUUCUGGAGACAAAAUUUGAAGAUCAGCAAGAAGCAGCUGAGCGGUACGGAAGGAAGCGAUAA